AUGGCAGGCUUCGCGAAACUGGAUGAAUUGUCUGUCGGGUUCCGAACUCUCCACCUCUCCGCGCCUCAGAAAAUGCCUCAGAAAACGUCUGCGCUCGACGUCGUGAACCUCCAUGACGUCGAUUCGAACCCACCCAUCUCCAAAAUCCCCGUCGAGAUCCUCUGGGAAGUAUUUACCAAGUUCGUUGACGACCCAACGAUCUCGCGGAUCGAAAACCCCACCAGGCCCCUGGUUUCUCGCCACUCGAGCGCAGAUCCGACGAUACUCGGUCAAGUGUGCUCACAUUGGAGGAGCGUCGCGCUCAAUCUUCCAACCCUCUGGUCCACCAUUUUCAUUCGCAACCCUGCCAAGUCCCAACUCUACCGCACCCACCUCUGGCUCGAACGAUCAGCCGACCAGCCGUUGAAUCUCACUCUAGAAGAUGGGAUCGAUGACAGAGACCUCAACACGACUGGAACAUCGUCCGCGCCUUCUACUCGCGCGCGGACAAGUGGAGAAGAAUUGAUUUCUGCUUACCUCCCGACCUCGACGUCGCACCCUUUCUCCAACGACUUUCGCCAACACGAGUUCUUCCAUCCAUUGUGGCAAUUCCCGUACCACGACGAGAUAUGGGCAUUCUUCAACUCUUCCCCAAAGCUUCAGAACGUAUCCUACUUCGCUGACCGCCCCGAUAUCCUACCUCAAAAUACGCCUUAUGGCCAGCUUACCUCAGUCGAAAUCCUCUUCUUCCUAUCCCCAGAGGACCUUCUCAGUCUUAUGUCCCUACUUCCGAACCUCUGCAAUCUUCGUGCUGACGUUGUACCCUCGCGACCAGCAAUUCCGCAUUCAAUCCCUCCCGCGGCGUCAUUCCCGGUUACUCUCAAAGACCUCCGCACUUUGCAACUUUCUGUGGGCCUUUCGUUGACGAAACUCUUCUCCCAACUAGUUCUUCCGUCGUUGGAGGAAUUGCUCCUGUCCUUCCACUUCCUCGAUGGGGAGACCGAGCCCCGUUACCCUGCAAUACAGAAUCUGUUGCAACGCUCCGAAUGUCGCUUGCGGAAACUCAAGAUCGUCGACCGCAAAAUGACAGAAGCUGACUCAAAUGUGUAUUUUGAAGCAGGAGAGUUACAGGGUCUCUCUUUUCUUGAACUUGGAGCGAACCUCUCGACGAAGUCGACUGACUUGCUCUUGGAGAAGAUGCCAGCACGUCCGCAUACAUUCCUUCCCAACCUCCACCAAUUGCACUUGAGUGGAAUCAGCAACACGCCUGAUGGGAAGUUAUCAGAAAUGAUUUCUUCCCGCUUGCCGUUGUUGAGACGAUUUACGAUCCUGACUACAGAUGGAGAAUACGGUCCUCUUGACGAGGCCUUCUUUGCUGAAUUUUGGGACCACAAAUAG